AUUGGUCCAUUUGCUCAUCGUUUACCGUUGGAUGGUUUUUGGGUGUUCCUAGCUUAACACUCGACAAUCGAGUGGUUCCUCUCGAGCAUCUCGAGAGAAAAUUUUGGCAGACAGGAAAAAAUAACUCGGAUCCUCGGACGUGGUUGACGUAGCGACUCCGACGUGCUCCGACGUGCUCCGACGUGCUCCGAAGUAGCGACAAGGGCUCCUCGUGAAAGAAUGUCCCAUCAAACGGGAAUCAAGGCCAAUGACGCAUUGAAGAAGUUAUUCGCAAAAUGCCGUGACGGAAAAAUACGAGUACUAAAAAUUUCGAUAGAGAAUGAGGAACUGACUCCAGCAUCUAGUUUGAAACCACUUAACAAAUGGCAAGACGAUUAUGAUAAAAUGAUCAAGCCACUGAUUAUGGAAAAUCAACCAGCCUAUAUCCUUUAUAGACUGGACACCAAGUCACCAGAUUCUGGUUACGAUUGGUUAUUUAUAUCUUGGUCUCCAGACACAGCACCAGUGCGGCAGAAAAUGCUUUACGCUUCUACUAAGGCUACUCUGAAGCAGGAAUUUGGUACAGCUUUGAUAAAAGAAGAAUUACAUGGCACUGUUCCAGAAGAUAUUACAUUAGAUGGCUAUUAUAAGUAUAAGAGAAAUGAUACAGCACCUGUACCUUUGACAACAGCAGAGGAAGAAUUAGCCGAAUUGAAGAAGACCACGGCAACUACGGAUUAUAGCGUCGAAACGAGACAUCAGACACUGAGCGGUGUGGCCUUUCCAGUAACGGAUGAAGCCAAACGAGCCAUUGCUGAACUGGGUAAAGGAAUUCAUGAAUACAUUCAAUUGAAAAUUGAAUUGGAGGAAGAAAAGAUACAUUUAGUCACAGCUUGUGAUAUUUCAUUGGAUAAAUUACCUACUAAAGUUCCAUCUGAUGCUGCUAGAUAUCAUCUUUAUAAUUUCAAACAUACUCACGAAGGAGAUUACACUGAAAGCAUAGUUUUCAUAUAUAGCAUGCCAGGAUAUAAUUGCAGUAUUAAAGAAAGGAUGUUAUAUUCCUCGUGCAAAGCACCUCUGCUUGACCUUAUCCAGUCUCUAGGAGUAACUAUAAUAAAAAAGUUGGAAGUAAAUAGUGGAGAGGAGUUGGCAGAUAAAUUGGAAGAUCCUCCAAGCAUAAAAGACACAGCUGCAAUAACUCCUGCAACUCCGUCAACACCUUGUGCCCCUACUCAAUUCAUACCAGAGAAAAAAUCAAAACAGAAACGAUCUUGUGUCUUGAGCUAAAACUGGCUUAAAGCUUUUGUCUCUGCCAUUGAUAUUGCUUCUUGUUAAUUGAAAUGUUUAUGAUGUUUUGUACAUCAAAUAUCUUCCUUUACGAAUUCCAGAAUUGUGAUAAUAUGAUAUAUUGGCAUAGGAUAUGUCAUUUAAAAUAAAGUAAUGGGUUUCCAAUGUUUCAUGUUAGAGCAAAUUAUCUAGUUAUAUGUAUAAAUAUAUGUUACGAGUUAAUUUACAAGUAGCAGAAAAUGUAAUGCAUCAUGCAAAAGAAUAGUAAUCUGUGUUGUUUAUCAGCAUUUAGAAUUAAUUUAUCAAAGUGAUACAUAAAUCUAAGUAGCAAAACAAAGUAGACCAGAUGGUGUAUUUUUCUAAAUUUUAAAAGCAAAAUUAUCAUGUGGAAGGCUUUCUGCAAAAUGCUAUUAUACCUAUUAAUAAUAAGUGUGACAUGCCUAUGAUACAGACAACCCCAUAUAGUUCAUGUUGUUUCAUAUGUAUACUGUAGGAAAUUAUUCAUUUGACAUAUGAAGAAUAGUGCCGAGAUGGAAUUAGAUUACUUUGACAUUGAAAGCUAAGCCUCAUUUUUUUAAUUUUUAUAUCUAAUAUGAGUAUUAUGUCAUGUGAUAGCAAUUAUGCGAAAUGUGUAUGUAAUUACAUACAGAACCUAACACAUUCUAUUCAAAGAGUUCCUCUUCAUUCCAAUAACUUUAUACAUACAUAUAUAUAUUUUACAUGCAAUAUUCCUAUAUGUAAAAUAUUAAUUUUCCUAGAAAAAAAAACUAUGUAUUGUAUUAAGUGCUGAAUUAGUUGCUAGUCUUAUAAAGGUGAUAUGUGUUUUUAAGUACUUUUUAAAUGAAAUUUGAAGGCUUGGCUUUUAAACUCAUUCAAAUGUUUAUAUAGGACUUGACAAUGUAAUAUUUUUAAUAUUGAUCUGUGGUAACUUGCAUAUACUAUAAUAUAUGUGAUGAGUAGAGAGUUAGGAAAAACUCCAUUUUUGUGCUUUAGGUAGAUAGAUAUAAGAAAAGAGAGAAAGAGCUAAAGCCAUUCACCUAACUUCUCUAUAUAUUUUCAAUAUGAUAAUAAUGUAGUAAACGAGUGAUAAAUAUGCAAACGCCACAUUAAUGUGGAUAUAUUUUCUUCGCACAUUAUUAUUUCAGCUACAAAAUAGUGAUAACACUAGUUAUUUUACAUAUAAAAUUUUAUAUCAUGUUCUAUACUAUUGUAAAUGCUACAAAAUAUUAGAAUCUACAAAUAUGUGUAUAUGAUGUAAGACUGAUCUUGAUGAGUCCUAUCAGCUGUUACUACAUGUUAAAUAUUUCAUUUAAAAUCACUGAACAAUUUCUAUUUAAUCAUUUACUAUUUUUACAUUGAAAUCUUGACAAAUUAUGCUAUAUUCAAGAUAUAUUGAAAUCAUUAUAAUGUAUUAAUCACAAUAAUUUAUUAUUUAAAUAAUAUAUAGUUUCUGAAAAUUUUCUAAAAUAUUUAAAUAAACGUGUAAUUUACAGCAGAUAGGAUUACAAUUCGAUAACCAGCAACAAAUUAUAUGAGAGGCAUUCUAUUUUUUGUGAUCUGUAUUUUUUUAACACUUGUAGCUUUUUAUAAACUUUUUAAAUGUUUUAAUCUAAAAUACGCGUGCGGAAAAAUGAUUAAUAAAAACAGCUGGGUUUAUACUUGUGCUAUGAAAAUAAUUUUUGAGCUAAAUUCUUGUAUUCUUUCCUUCCAAACACAGCUAACAUUUUUUAAUAUUAAUUUGGUUUUAUAUGAUGUUUCAAAGAAAUUUACAAUCCUAAUUAUACUAUAUCUCUUAUUUUUAAUGAAUGUUAUAUGUAAUAAUUAACUAGUCCAAUUAAUCUAAAGCAGAAAAGGAAAGAGAACAGUUUUUGGCUCAUAUUUGCAUAAAUAUAUUUAAAUCAAUUCUUGUAUUAUACUGAAAACUAAUUAAACAUAUGUAUACUCUAUUUUUUUAAAUCGUGACCCACAAUGUUGCCUAGUAUAUUUUUAAGUAAAUGUCAUAUCAGGCCUAUUCUGUAACUCUUUAAUUUUUUCUUAGCUCUGAACUUUUCAAUUAUAUCUAGAAACUCAUUGAAAUCAAGAAAAUUGUAUAUCUUGCCAAUAUUGAAUAUACUGGAAAUAAUAAAGCAUUAUGCGACUUAUAAACUCACAA